ACCAGAUACUGCUUUGUUCGUACUUAGUCUAAUUAGGGCCGUUUGAGUUUGUCCGGCCUUCUGGACUAGCCUUUUGAAUUCAACCAGCUCAGCAAAGAUGGCUGAAGACAAGGGUAAACCAAAAGGUGCUAUGAAUGCUUAUGCAGCAUUCUUGCAAUCUAUGCGUGCCGACCAUAAGAAGAAACAUCCCAAUGUCACUCUAGAUUUCAAGGCUUUUUCAAAGGAGUGCUCAGAACAGUGGAAGAAUCUAUCGGCUAAAGAAAAAAAGAAGUUCAAGGAUAUAGCAGAGAAGGACAAAGAGCGUUAUCGAUGUGAGAUGGAACAUUAUGAACCUCCUGCCGAUGAAGGUCGCAGUAAGAAAAGGAAACGAGACCCUGAUGCACCCAAAAAGGCGCUGUCAGCAUUUUUCCUCUUUUGUAAUGAUGAACGACCUAAAGUCAAAUCAGAAAAUCCCGACUGGAAAGUCAGUGAGGUAGCUAAAGAACUAGGUAAAAGAUGGGAGCAUUGUAAAAACAAAGCUAAGUAUGAGAGCUUAGCCCAGGUAGAGAAGCAACGUUACGAGAAAGUAGGUUGCUUUUAAGUAACUUUUACACUUUCUAGGCGAUGCAAAAAUACAAAGCCGGCAAAAAGUCCAAGACAGAAGAUUCAGAGUCCGAUGAUUAGUCCUUAAUAGUUUUAAAAACUAAUGUUUGACGUACAAUUGCUGUAUACAGAUGGUGUUAUUUUAUAUUGUUUACAGAUGUUUCUUUUUAAACCUAACGGGCCGUCCUGCAUUUGUAAAACGAUGGCUACUGUAACAUUUUUUAUCGAAU